UGGUUCAAUUGGCCUCCUCAUUAAAGUUCAUAGUUCUUCCUAUCUUAUCCUAACAGGAUUCUGGCAGCAACAAACAAGAGUUGGCAUACUCAAAGGAAACAGGAUUAACAAAAAGUAGUUGUAACUUGCUCUCAGUCAGCUGGAGUUGUAUAUCAAGACAUGCUGUAAAUACAGCCAUGAAACCACGUGAAUAAAAUGACACUGUGGUUUCUAGGGGGGAAAUCUCAAUGCCUUAUCGAACAACAAUCGAUGGGAACUGUUUCUCGAAAGAGACGGGCAAAGAGGUUUGACUAGAAUUUGGUCCUAGUUUUCUUCUCCAAUUAUUCUUAGAAGAAGAAGCAAAAGUGGUUAAACAGUUUCACACCAAGUCAGUCAGUUCCCAUCUAAAAGGAAACCAAAAUGCAUUGCACAGAAGCCCAGAAGGUAUUCAGGGCUUUUGAACAGAUUUUUGAGGAAGUUGUGGAUCUUUUCACAUACGCAAGUCUAGCGUCCUUCACAGUAACACUAACUGCUUUCCCAGAGCUCAAGUCCCUUUCAACAAGUUUGACAUACAGGAAGUGAUUGUUAGUAUCCCGUUCUAUCUCUCUCACACACACUUUCUUCUCAUUCCCACACGCCCUCGUCCCCUCUGUCUCACGGCAGUGACUUAUGUCAUUCAGGAGUUUUCUCUGUGUCGUUUCCCCAUUAAGGCUUUCUUGUCCUACGUUUUCACCUUUCUUCUGGCAUUUCCUCCGGUAAGCCAGACCCGUCCCGUCCUACUACUGCAAUACUGAAAGUCGGACUUGCCUUGAGAGUAUGUCAACACUCUCUCGCCGGGCAGGUGUAGACGUGCGUGACGUGUGUCUGUGUGCCUGUGAGCACAUGCCACUAUCUACAGUACAGUAUGUGUGUGUUUGAGUGUCUGCCAAGACAGCCACUGUACAUUUCCUCAGGAGGUACCAGUAAAAACAAUUACAGUGCUCCCAAUAUUUAAUACAUUACUGAGAAGUUGAAAUGUAAUGGAAAUAUGGAGGGUUGAAAGUAUUCUGACGUGGAGGGUUGACAGUAUUGUGAUGUAUCUCCUGGUGGGAAGCAGCCAUUCAGGUCUGAGCAUAUUGAGAGAAACCCCCAACCAGAGUGAGAGAGAAAAAAAGCCCUUUGCCCCACCCCCCCUCUCUGUCAGUAUAAUGUAGCAGCUGAUAAAAGCAGUGACAGCGCUGAUUUCACACCAGACAGUGACAGUAGCUCAGGAAGACACACUCAGGACACAACACAAGUGGAACAAUAACCAGCUCAUUGGAAGAGGAUAUAGGAGUCUAUUCUGCCCAUGGCAGAGAUCUAUAACAGGGGGCGGCUACACCACUUCAUCGACGGCUAUGACGUGCGGAGCAGCAACUGGAUGCGCUACGUCAACCCGGCGCGCUCGCUGUCCGAACAGAACCUGGUGGCGUGUCAGAACGGACGAGACGUCUACUUCUACACCAUCCGGCCCGUGGAGGCCAAUCAGGAGCUGCUGGUGUGGUACAGCCAAGAGUUUGCCGGGAGACUGUGCAGCCAACCGGGAGACGAGCUCAAACAAAAACACAUAUGCGGAGAUGUCAGAGAAUCUGAGUUCACCAAACAACACCUACCUCAGCCGACCCGGCUCCUGAAAAAGAAGGACGAUAUGAAGGACGAGAGAGAAGAUGAAGGAGAGGAGAGAAUCGACGUAGAGGUGCUGGAGAGAGACACUCCACCCGACACGCCAGACGACCAAAUCAUGGAUUUCAGCCAGAAGAUGGAGAAGGAGGAGGUAACCCAGGACCACCAGGGAGCCAUACCCUCUCCUCAACCCGACCAGAGAGAGCCCAACCUGGCAUCUCACAACUACGGUUUCCCUGAGCACCACCCUAUUGCCCCCUCCCCACACCGUGACCUCCCCCUCCACCUCCACGGGCUCUACAGCCACAGAGAGGGCCUAGUGUCCUCCUACCCCCUCUACUACCCCUCCAGACCCCUUCAAUCCACCCAUCAGCUUCUCCCCACAUACAGCAGGCCCCACUACCCCCACCUCCUCCCCCAGUACUCCCCACCUUUCCCUGGGAUGCUCCCCUCCAGAGGCCCCCUGCAGCACAGUAGCUACCUGGGUAGCGAUGGACUUCCAUACCCCUCCAUGACUUACCAGCCUGGUCUGCUCCCAGUGCCUCUGCCCUACCCCGGAGCUAUUCAGGGAGGGCUGAAAGAGAGGACCCCAAAUAUGUCACCUCCUCAUGGAGCCCCAGCCACCCCAGAGCUCUCCCCCCUGCCCAAGCAAGAGCGCCAGAUGCCCCUGCAGUCACCCUCUGGCUGUGAGGAGGCCAUGAACCUCAGCCUGGCCAUGCCAAAGAGCAGCCCCUCGCCACCCGCUGCCCCUCGGUACAAAUCCCAACCCUACCCCCUGAAGAAACAGGACGGCAAGAUCAAGUACGAGUGCAACGUCUGCCUCAAGACUUUCGGACAACUGUCCAACCUCAAGGUGCAUCUGAGAGUUCACAGUGGAGAGAGGCCCUUCCAGUGUCACCUCUGUCAGAAGAGCUUCACCCAGCUAGCCCACCUGCAGAAGCACCACCUGGUCCACACAGGAGAGAAACCACACGAGUGCACGGUGUGUGACAAGCGCUUCAGCAGCACCAGCAACCUCAAGACCCACCUGCGGCUCCACUCAGGUGAGAAGCCCUACGAGUGCAAGCUGUGUAGCACAAAGUUCACCCAGUACAUUCACCUGAAGCUGCACCGACGCCUGCAUAGCGCCCGCGACCGCCCCUACCACUGCCCGCUCUGCGCCCACGCCUUCUUCCACCGCUUCUCGCUGCGCAUCCACCAGCGCAGCUGCUGUCCUGCUUCCCAGGCCCACGCUAAACCCCAUGCCCACGCCCACAUCUGUGAUCUGGUUGAGCGCUUUGACACCAGUCCCGAGGCCGACACGCUGCCUGAAGGGGCAGGGCCGGCCCAGGUGGAAGCUGCAGUGGAGCGCUGGGUGGCCCGGAGCUUGGAAGGGCGAGACGGCAAGGAGGACCAGAGUGAAGCCACCCUGCUGCUCAAGGCCCUCACGGCGGCCAUUAACACCCCAGCUCCUCCCACCACCUCAUCUCAAAGCCCUACUUCAGCCUAUCAGGAGAGGGCUAGCGUGGUACGCUUCUACAACCGGCCAAUGGUGAAGAUGCAAGGGCAGUAGGGCAAAGUGGACGGACCCUUGUGGGGAGGGAAUAAGAGAGACAUUUUUAGGGUCUACCUCCUGAACGAAGGCAAUUUAAUGUUGCUAAGCCAGAGAACAAUCGAUAAAGUUGUCGCCAAAAAAAAAGUAUUUCCCCAAGGGGAAGUGAGACUAUUAAAAGCCAAUGAGAGAGCAGCACCAAAACAAAGAUCAUUCCAAAGACAUGGUGUCUUCUUAUUAGCAGUGAUGUGCUCGCAACUGUUUUCACUCAGGUUUACAGGUGUAAUUUACAUGGGAUGUGUGAAAGAGUUUGCUGUACCCUCCUUUUUUUCUGAGUGCUGAGUGCUGUCAGCUAUAUUUGUUCAGUUGAGUGAUUAUUUUAAUUGUUUGCGUAAUGUUACAUGUCUUGAUACUUCCAAGGAGGCUUAUUCCUUGGAAAACCACUGGACCAUUGCCAGGAACUAUUACUGGGAUAUUUCAUGUUUUAUUAGUGAACAAGUCUUUGUGUGUAUUUAUUUAUUUUUGCUCAAAGGGCAGACCAGGGAGCUUGAAACUAUGUGAAUGUAUUUGCCAAAAAACAACAAGAAUCAAAGAAAAUAUGAGGAUAAACGGGGCUUAUGUAGCAUAACAAUUUUUGUUUACUUAAAUAGUGUAUUCUAAUGUAAUGUAGCAAAAUGGAGGAAAAAAAGCAAACUAAAUGUAGUCAGAAUGUUAUAACGUUCCGGUUCGAUGCAAAUAGCUUCUAAGGACUUCCUGUGAGUCAUCUAGCGAUGUAUUGGAGGUGCAUACUUCUGCAAAGAAACUUGCAAAAAAAAAAAGAAAAAACUUUUGUUUUAUCCAUUUUUUUCUUUGUAUUUUUGUAUGUUAAAACAUUUAUAUUGCAUUUAUAUUUGUAAGACAUUUUUAACAGUGCUGUUUUUUUUUCAUUGUGUUCCUGAAUAUAUACUGAUAUAGCAUUGUGUUUCUAGCUCUUUCUCAGUUGUUAUCUACCGACUGUCGAUAAAGCUUUAUUUCAUUCGUCCUCUAUACUGGUGGUAGAUGUGAGCCAGAACCAAAUGUACUGUAGUCUGUAUUGCACAUACCCCUUAACUCAGUCUGCUCCUAGUAUUACUGUAUAUAUGCUCAGGUGAAUGGCUCUAAUCUCUUGUUAUUUUACCAAAACUAUCGACACAAGUAGCACUGGAAAAAGCCCGGAAGUAGAUCCAUGUGCACCAAGGUUUCUUAUCCUAAAACAAAAAUGGUGGAAUAGUUUUAACAUUGUUACUACUCUGAGUGAGUCGUGAAUAGAUUUUUUUUAUAUAUACAUAUUUGUAGUUUUUGUACAGCAUUUUGAUGAUACUUUCAUAGUAAAUGUCUCACAUUAAACAUAUUGUUUCUCAAAA